AUUCUGGCAAGAUACUUCUUGGGAGUCACAGUUGCGGGCCCAUCUUGGUGACUUCUUCGAGGAAGCUAUGACUGCUGUAGAUUUGUGCCUGGCAGUGUUUGAACAAAUCCACAACGUGCUAGGCAAGUGCAAGUCUAGUAAGACAGGAAUAUCAGUCACUGAAACCGUACGUAUAAAAUUUUCAGCCAGGGGAUUUCGUGCUAACAAUUACAGAAUGGCAAUGGACCCGAGAAGAAUAAUGACGAUCUGCUUUCAAAAGAGUCCAUACCUCUCUUUACGAAGAGAAGGAUUGCUGCAACUGAAACGGAGAUUCGAACCUUGCUUUCUGAACUUCGAGAACACAUGGAUGAUUACCGAUGUGUCGUGGACAAGCAUCAUGAAUCUCGCAAUGGCUCUGUCUUAAUUUCGUCCACUGUUCCUCUGAAAGUGCCCUCAAAGAUCAAGGUGGAUCAUUCUUCAAUCAAACAUUUCCAAGAGCAGCUCAAUUUUCUAUACGCAGCUCUGGCGUCUACUGGAAACUGUUAUUGUCACGAGUUCAAUCUACGAUUGGAGUUCAAGCCAAUACCGGAAUAUUCAACUGCUACGAGAUCCACCGAAGUCGGUCACGGAGAUCAACUAGACCCUAUUCGUCAGCCUGUGUUCAACCUUUUGGCAAUCUACGGCGACCACCAGUCACUCUGGAGCAGAGAACCACUUUUUGGUACAGAAUCAGCCUUUGGCUCAGAAAUGCAAAUCGAUGACUCAUUUGAAUGCGGACGAUAUCAGCUUGAUGCGCUGGAAGUAAAGCCACGAUUGAUUAUCCAGCAUCAGUUGAAAGAUUGUUCCCAAACCCAGAACGAUGAAAGAGCUUCUACGGCCAAACCAAAGAGGAAGGUCACCUUUACCUUUGAAACCGAGACUGUGCUGGGGAAACGCUCUUCUACAAUUGAAAAAUCCGUAGAUGGGAGCAAAAUAAUCAGUACGAAAAAGAUCGACAACCUUUGUAACUGUUUAGCUACCGGAAAUGGACACCAAAACACCGAUGAAUGUCUUGGCUACGUUCCCACUCAAAAUAACUAUCUUUACUAUUUCUACAGGGCUCCAAAAGCAAAAGACGUUCCAAAAAAGGGAAACAUGACUCUCCUCCACUUCUUAGGCAUCGACGACAAAGAUAUGCGCCUUCCCUGCCAAGAUCGAGUGAGAUUGGCACUCACUCUCGCGUUAUCUUUGCUUCACCUUCAUUCUUCCUCAUGGAUCAAGCAGAGGUGGCGCAGUCGAGAUGUUCUACUUUUCUCGGAAAAUGACGAGAAUUGGGCGCCGUACAUCUCUGCUGCAUUUAAUGGAGUUCACCAAGGGCAAAUCGAGUCAACGAAAACCCUGAAGACAUCACACAUUUACAGUUUGGGCAUUAUCCUACUUGAAAUUGGCCGCUCCCGACCACUGCUUGACCAUGGCAAAGGAAAAAUGCGGGAAAGUCACAAGGAUUUCGAUGACGAGAUAAGGGAAAUAUAUGAGGCACACUGUCACAUUGACCGGAAGACACUCUCGAGAGAAUUGGGGGCGCAGUAUCACGAGGCUGUGAAAUGCUGCAUACAGUGGGAUCGUGAGAAAGAUGACCUCUCAAACAAGGACAUACAGAAAGCCUUUUGUGAUAACGUUGUCAGCAAAUUGGAAAUGGCUUUGGAAGCAUUUUCUCUUUAAUUGUCAAAGAUUGUUCGUUCGUUGCGACACAACGCCCAUUAGUCAAUCUACUCUUUUUGCUUUGAGUUGCUCCGAACUUUAUGAUAUGAGAUAAAUG